AUGAGAGCUGACGAAAACAAAGCACCAGCGGUCAUCGACGACAACAAGUGUUCGCCCCAGAUUUCCAUCCCCAAUCCAGAACCAGAGCCUGAGUUCCACAACUUCAUGCAACUGGCACGAGAGCUCCGUCUCGUCAUCUGGGACUUGGCCAUGCGCGAUGAGCCAUACCAUCAGCCUAACGGAAUUGGUAUGCGCUACUUUAUCGACCCGAUCGCAUUGCGCGAGUACGUCAAGGUCGGCGACGAUCCAAUAAGCCCCAAUUUCCUACCGGCCAUUUGCUCGGUAUCCGAGGCGACUAAGGAAGAGAUCAUCGCGGUAGUUAUCGAGGGGUCGAAGUUCAUGGUGGCAUCUAUCAAAGACAACGCCUUUCUUCAGACGUUCCUCAAGGCUGCUCCAGGACGUCUUGAGCUUUGUCGCGACCUGAGCUUCGACUUCUUCAGUCGCUUUCCAUAUGGCUACGAGAAGAAUUCUGACUUGGAGCUGGCCGUCCUUUGCAAUGGUUUGCGCACGAUCAAGUUGACGUUUCACUUCGAGCCACUGACAUACCUUGUCAUGGAGAGCGAAGAUAACAUGACUUUGAGCCGUCGGGCACGCUCCCCUAAUGAACUACUCGAGAACUUCAAAUUGCAGAGACUUCUGGACUGUAGGAGUCUGAAGAAUAUAACCAUCGAGCAAACCAGCCAGCACGUAAUGGAGGCUUCCAGGGCGGCAAAUGAUCUGGGAGAGUUGAUCAAGACCAAAUUCUCGCAGUUGUCACCGCCACAGCACAAAGCCUCAACGACAUGCCUUACACCAAUCCCUAACGUGCAAGUACCCGUCAGAAUCGGCGCCGGAAACCCUGCUGCAGUCGCAGUGUUCGGAUCAAUAUGUAACGGAUUCAAAUCACCUGACGCAGCCCGAUACAAUGCCGCCUGCUCCGGCGACGUCUUAUGCGACAGCACCUUAUCCGGCUUUCUCGACGGCGUCGGAUGA